UGCAACUUAUUUUGCUAAGAUGGCGCCCUCUAGUUGAUGGAGUGUCAACUAACCGCGUGUCGACUGUCGUCCAUGAUCCGAAUGUGGUGUGACUUAUUUUUGUUUUGUACUAAUUUUCCAUAUAGUGAUAAUAAAUGUGAAAACUGAAAUGAGACACAAUGUGUUAUCCCAUAUAGUGGAACCCAGUUCCGGCUGAAUGGAUCCCUACGUCGGGUGGUAUCAGCCCGAGCAAGAAGGACCCGCGAAGCGCUUGUGGCUUCGUAUUUGGGAAACUCAAAGUGAAACAGACAAAAUGAACCUUAAAAAUUUAGAGAACGCUAACCCCAAUUUAAGUAAAGCUCAAGACUUUAUACCAAUAAACGAUGUGAACGGUGAAAAUAGGAACAAUAAUUAUUUCAAUCCAACGCGGAGGAAAGCCAACGAUAACCGCGCAUCUACGUUUAACCUGAAUCAAAACCACGAUGCCCUCAUAGGCGAAUACGGCGGGUGUCCUUGGCGGAUACCCAAUUACAAUUACAAGCCCGGUAUUUUGGGGCUUCACGAGGAGAUCGAGCACUUCUACCUGUACAUGUCGCCGACGGAGACGGAGCACCUGGUGCGCUCGACGGUGGUGAACCGCAUCCGCGCCGCCAUCCUGUCGCUGUGGCCGCAGGCGCGCGUCGAGGUAUUCGGCUCCUUCCGCACCGGCCUCUACCUACCCACCAGCGACAUCGACCUCGUCGUCAUCGGUCAGUGGGAGAAGCUGCCGCUGUGGACGCUGGAGCGCGAGCUGGUGGUGCAGGACAUCGCGGAGAAGGAGAGCAUCAAGGUUCUUGAGAAGGCCACCGUGCCCAUCGUCAAGAUGACCGACAAGUACUCCGACGUCAAGGUUGACAUAUCGUUCAACAUGAGCAGCGGGGUGAAGAGCGCGGAGCUUAUCAAACACUUCAAGGACAAGUACCCAGUCCUCUCCCGGCUGGUGAUGGUGCUCAAGCAGUUCCUGCUGCAGCGGGACCUCAACGAGGUGUUCACGGGCGGCAUCUCCUCCUACUCCCUCAUCCUCAUGUGCAUCAGCUUCCUCCAGCUGCACCCGCGGCCGGAGCGCCUACGCCAGCCGCACAACCUGGGCGUGCUGCUCAUAGAGUUCUUUGAGCUGUACGGCCGCAAGUUCAACUACGUCAAGACGGCCAUUCGCGUCAAGAACGGCGGCUCCUACGUGUCUAAGGAUGAGUUACAGAAGGAGAUGAACGACGGUCACCGGCCGUCGCUGCUGUGUAUCGAGGACCCCCUGACGCCCGGCAACGACAUCGGCCGCUCCAGCUACGGCGCCAUACAAGUGAAACAGGCGUUCGACUACGGGUACAUAAUCCUGCAGCAGGCGGUGGCGCCGCACAACGCGUUACUCGCGCGGCACUCGGCGCUGGGCCGCGUGCUGCGCGUCACCGACCACGUGCUGCAGUACCGCCGCUGGGUGCGCGACACCUUCGAGCCCUUCUUCUUCCCGCACCGCCGCCGCCCGCCCGGCUCCCCGCCCUCGCCGCCCUCCCCGCCCUCGCCCCCCUCGCCGCCCGUCUCGCCGCCCGCCGACCCCGACGCCUCGCCCGACGUCUCCGACACGGACCCCGAUUGGUCAGACGGGUCCGGCGCGGGCGCGGGGCCGGGUGCGAUGUCUAACGGCGUGUCGGCGCGCACCAGCCCGCCGCCGCUGUCGGCGCUGCAGUGCUCCUCCCCCACGCCGCGCCGCGUCUCCGCGCACCAGAGCCUCAUCAUACACCACAUCACCAGCAACUCCGACUUCAAUAAUAUACCAUCAGGUGUGAUGCAGCAGCGGUACGGAGCUAACGGCGGCGGCGGCGGGGGCGGGGGUGGAGGCGGCGGUGGAGGCGGAGGCGGCGGCGCGGAUGGCAAGGGGCGCGCGCGCUCGUUCACCGCCAAGCAGCGUCGGUACCCCGGCUCGCCGCCCACGCAGCGCUACCGUGGCGACGCGCGGAAGAAGCGACGCCAAUUCUCGCAGCAGCCGCGAUGAUACCGAGUGAAGCCGCGCCCGCCGCGCCCCUAGCGCUAGCCGCCCCCGGCAGCGAAAGUGCCCCUGUAUAUAGUACGAGGCCCGGCGACGCGCCGCCCCUGUAUAUAGGACGCGCAAUAAGUACGAGGUAUUACAAUAUUUAUCAGUGAGAUAGUGUUAUCUUUUGUAACUGUAAGUUUUAAAAGUUGAUAAGGUCAUAGGGAGUACAUGAUUGUUGUAAAUAGGGAUGAUUAGGUGGGAUUUAGGUUGGGCAUUAACGUGGGCCGCAUUUGGCGGUGUGGCAAGUGGGUCGACGCAUCGGCUAGUAGUAUUUCUUGACAAAAUUACCUCACCAGUUGCUAUCCGUUGGAAAGUAGUGAAACUCGGCCCAUGUGAAUGCUCGUCUCUGUGAAGCCGGGCCCAGUGCGUCGUGUAGUCCCUGUGAUCGUAAUUUUAUAUGCCGUUCCUCCUAGAGUUAACGUUUAUCGAUAUAUCAUAGCGGUUUAGUCGUAGCGUAAGUCCUGUAACACCAAACCGGCGAGUGGUAGGCCUUAUUAUGGGAUAUGUUAAGGGUCGGCUAGCACCGUGACGAAAUGGGAUGAGGCGCGACGUGGUAAUGCAGAAUAGAGGUAGAAAAUUGAUAUUUCCAGCGAUCUCACGCCAAGUCACAGCAAUUUUGUAUUGCUUUUAUUUUUCGCGCCUCGUCUUGUCUCGUCUCGAUGAGUACUGAUCGUAUGUUUGACAAGAGAUGUAGCUCAUAAUAUAUUGCAAUGUAUCGGCUGUUUUUUAUACGAAAGUUUUAUUUUUAAAGGUUGUGUCAAAUAGAUAUAAUAGGAGUUGUACAAUCUUGCUUAGAGUAGACCUAACGUUGUACAAGCGCGUCUAUGAUCAUAUUAUUGUAAAGUUGCAUUUCAAAGCUAGAAGCAAGAAGUAAUUACUGAAACAUUUCUGAUACACAUAAAAAAAGUCUUGAGAAUUCUGCAAUUUUUUUUUUUAAUUGACAAAAACUAUGCAAUGGUUUAAUAAAAUCAAAUGUUUUAACAUAAGUUUCGAAAUGUGUCUUAUACAUCAUAUUUAAAUGUUUUUAAAAAGACUACCUUACCUAAGUCCUGUAUAGAUGUAGGUAAUGUGAUGACUGAUGAGCAUGUGUGGAUAUAGAUUAAUGAAAUAAUAUGAUCUAUGACAUACACCUGCUUUAUGACCGAGGACUUGUGCGAGCCCUUGAAUAUUGGUUCAGUAAAAGUAUAAAAAUUUCGAGUAACAAAAAAAGUGCAUGCUAAAGUAUACCCGAUAUAGAAGUAUUAUUUACCAAAAGCUCACUACUAGGGUCUAUGAAAUCCACAAGUAAACUAAACAUGGUUUGAAGCAGUUCUUAAAAUGAAAUGUUCUACCCAAUAUGAUCACGGCUUACGUUGUGCUAAAUAUGGCAUUCCGAUUUUCCCGUCCGACCGUCACCGACAAAAAUUCAAAUAAGAUGUUAUAGGUUAUAAGCUGUUGUAAUAGUUGUAAUCGGGGUGUAGGUCGACCUCCAACUGGGU